AUGGAGCUCCUGCAGGAGAUAAAUGCUAAAGAUGGAAAGCCUAAUUUGGUCAGUUACAAUGUCUUGUUAACUGGUUUGUGCAAGGAAGGUAGGACUGAUGAGGCAUUUCGGUUCUUUAGGAGUUUGCCUUCGAUGGGGUUCGAUCCAAAUGUUGUGAGCUAUAACAUCGUAUUGAGGAGUUUAUGUCACGAGGGUAGGUGGGAAGAGGCAAAUGUGCUUCCGUCUGAGACGGAAGUUUUGGACGAAAUGCAGAGAGGUCGGUUCAAGCCUACCGCUGCCAGCUACAAUCCGAUCAUUGCUCAUCUCUGCAAAGAGGGGAAAGUGGAUGGUGCGGUUAAGUGUCUAGACCAAAUGGUUCAUCGGCGGUGUAAUCCUAAUGAAGGAACAUUCAGUGCCAUUGCUGUGCUCUGCGAGGAAGGUUUGGUGCCAGAGGCAUUCUCUAUCAUUCAAAGCCUCUGCAAUAAACAAAAAUGCUCCCGCUACGAGUCGUUCCAGGUUUUUGAGAUGAUGAUCGAGAAAGGGCGUAUGCCUAACGAAAUGACCUACACCAUUCUUGUGGAAGGGAUUGCGCACGAAGGAGAACUGGAACUGGCAGCCAGAGUCUUAAAAGAGUUGCACCUGAGACACGUAGUGAGUCCGAAUACAGUGGAAAGACUGGUUAUGCAGUAUGACUUUGAGGAUUUACCGGGAUAG